AUGGUGCAAGUAAGAGUGAGUGAGGGCCUGCUAGAGGGAGAGCGAGUGGAGAACCCGUACGAAGGCUCCUUCUACAGCUUCAAGGGAAUACCGUACGCGCAACCACCAAUAGGAGAUCUGCGGUUCAAGGCACCACAACCUCCUAAACCUUGGGAUGGAGUUCGUUCUGCUAAGGAAUUCGGUCCAAAAUGUUAUCAAAAUGACCUGUUCAUGAACACUGGCAAAAUUGGUGAAGAAGACUGCUUAUACCUUAACGUGUAUACACCGGAGAUUAAACCGGACAAGCCUCUACCAGUGAUGUUCUGGAUACACGGAGGAGGUUUCUUCUGUGGCAGUGGUAUGAAAGACCAGGUACAAGCUCUCAGAUGGGUGAACAAAAACAUUGCUAACUUCGGUGGUGAUCCGAAAAAUAUAACCAUAUUUGGUGAAAGUGCCGGUGGAGGAAGUGUCAGUUAUCACUUAAUAUCUCCAAUGUCAAAGGGCUUAUUUAAGAGGGCCAUUGCUCAGAGUGGAGCAUCUACUUGUCCCUGGGCUCUAGCUGUUGAGCCUCGUGAAAGAGCUUUAGCAUUAGCCAGAAGCCUGGGAUUUUAUUCUGAGGAUGAUAAAGAUUUGUAUGAAUUUUUCAAAAAUCAGCCGAUGGAAUCUAUAGUUGGAGUUCCCGUAGCGCUAGCAAUAUUUGAAGCAUUCAAGGGUGGAAUGGACAUAAAUUUCACUGUAGUUAACGAAAAGAAAUUCGGAGACAAUGAGAGAUUCUUUUAUGGAGAUAUACUUGAUUUAGUAUCAAAUGGUGUUCAUGAAGGUGUUGAAAUCAUGACAGGGACUACCACGGAGGAAGGUCUUAUUGCUUUUGGAGAUCUUGAACUCACUAAGAAGUCAUUGGAAUUAGUCAGAAGAUUCCCAGAGUCCUUCAUUAGUAAACCAUUGGCAUUUACUGUUCCAUUGAGUCAGCAGUUACAGAUUGGGAAAGAAAUCAGAAAGUUUUAUUUCAAUGACCAGAUCAAUAUUCCGGAUGACUGGGAUAAAUGGAUGAAUUUUCUUACGAUUCAUAUAUUUGUGCAUCCUACGAUGCAAUGGGUGAAACACUGUGCUAAAGGGAAGAAACAGAAACUAUAUUUGUAUAAGUUUUCUUGCCGGUCCGAGAGGAAUGUGAUGGCUCCUUUGAGAGGACUCACAGAGAUGCUGGGAGAAAGACAAGUUACUUGUCAUGCUGACGAUUUAAUGUACUUUUUUAACCCUAAACUGAUGAAUACAAAGGUGGACACUGCUUCUGAGACGUUCAAACUGAUGGAACGAGUAUUGACGCUUUGGACCAACUUUGCUAAAUACGGGAACCCAACUCCAGACGAUUCCCUGGGCGCUAAGUGGGUACCGUAUACUCUAGAAAACCAAGAAUAUCUGGACAUUGGAAACGAGCUGAAAGCAGGAACUGCGCCUGAUGCUGAGGAGACACAAUUCUGGGACAAACUAUAUGAAAAAUAUGGACUGUGAAUUAAUGUACAUUUUAAAUAGGGUCAGGUCCGAAUAUUCUCUAUGUGUAGGGUAGUCUAUUAUUAUCUCUGAUUUACUUUUUAAAAAUGGUAUUCAAAAACCUUGUAUUUUUUAGUUUUAAGACUAGUGGCAA